CAGGUCCUUAAAAAGGAGAGGAGAUACAGAACUCACAUCACAGGUAGAUUCAGUGGAGAGAGCUGAAGUGGGCUUAACAAGUGAAGUGUUAACUGGUGAUUUCAGAAGGAUUACAUCAUGGGAGUGAUAAUGGUUUUCCUGCUUCUCAUUGCUACAUUUUCUCUGGGAGAUGCGAGGCCAUCCAGAUGUAAUCGGGGAUGGCAAAAGUUUGGAUCCCGCUGCUUCCGUUUUGAAGAGACUCUGAGGUCAUGGACUGAGGCAGAGCGUCACUGUCAGUCUCUUGGUGGACACCUGGCCUCAGUACACAGCUGGAAGGAGUCUAGGUUCCUGGAGACGUUGUCUGUAGGCUCACCUUUGACCUGGAUUGGAGGAAAUGAUGGUGGUCGGCCAGAGUUGAGAAAGGACAGGCGCUGGUCCUGGACUGAUGGAUCUGGAUUUAAUUACCAUGAAUGGGCACAAGGGGAACCCAACAACUAUAAUGGUGUCAGAGAGCCGUGUAUUCAGAUGAACUUUGGAGUGCUGUCUUUGCUCUGGGUGAUGCGGGUGAUGGGGCACAACUGUGUGUCUCUGGGCUGGAAUCUAGAGUCUGAGCAUGAUUCCGACAGCUACUCUGGACACUUGGCAUCGGUGCACAACCCUGAGGAAUUCCAGUUCCUGCAGGAACUAACACAGACUGUGAGCCUCCCGCUCUGGAUUGGAGGUUCAGCCCAGCCUGUGGUGCUUAAACGGACACUCACCAUGCUGACCCUGACUGUGAUCCUGCUUCUCAGUGCCCCCUUCACGCUGGCUGGCACAAAGGAGGGGUCACAGAACAAACCAUGCCGACAAGGAUGGGUGAAAUUUCAAUCCCGCUGCUUUCAGUUUAUUAGGACUCCCAGAACAUGGAUGGAGGCAGAGAGCCACUGUCUCACCCUUGGGGCCAACCUGGUGUCAGUUCACAGCCCAGAGGAGUCCCACUUUCUAUUGCAGUUGACAGAUGGUUCCCCUGCCUGGAUUGGGGCCUCUGAUGCUGUCCAGGCACACUUUGUAAAGAGCCCAUUCACCACUUUCCAACAGAACAGACAAUGGUUCUGGAGUGAUGGCUCCACAUUUGGUUACCAGAACUGGGCUAAAGGAGAACCAAACAACUUUAAUAGCACCAGAGAACCAUGUAUUGAGAUGAACUAUGGAAAAGAACAUCGCUGGAAUGAUAAUAUUUGUGACAAAACAUUUUCUUCUGUGUGCUUAUUAAAAACAAGUUGAAUCAACUGGAACCAACAAUGCAUCUUCAAUGAACACACUAUGCUGAAGUUGAACGCUGAAUUAUCUGCUGUAAAUGUUUGUUCUGAAGGGAUGUUGCUGACAUUAAAUGGUCUACA